CCCCUUCACUGCCAGCGCCGAGGCGAGCGGAGCCGCGCGAGCCCGGCGGCCUUUGAGGGAGCCUGCGCCCGGCCGGGCGGCCAGUCCGGCGGGGCGCGGCGGCGCUCGGGGGAAGCGGGCCAGGCCCGCGGAGCCGGGCGGGCAGGGCAGGGCAGGGCGAGGGCGAGGGCGAAGCAGCCGGGGAGAGAGGCCCGAGCAGCCCCGGUGCCUAGCUUGCCCCAUCGGCAGCCACCCGGCGCCCCGGGCCGCGAGGCGCGGAGCCGUGAGCGAGCGCGCUGGAGGCGGUGGAGCCGAGCGGAGGCUGCGCGCCCCGUGUGCCUGGCCGGGCCGGGCCCGGCGCGCCUCCACCAUCGCCUCCCUGGCGCCUCUCUCGGCCCCUUCUGCUUUCCUUUGCUUCCUCGGCUCAGCCCCGCCGUGCCGAGGCCCCCCCGACCUCGUGCACUCAUCUCCGCUGUGCCUGACACCGGGUCCCCCUGGCCACGGCCGCUUCCCCUCCCCCGAGACUCGAAGGAAGCCGGACUUUCCCCACCGUUGCUGGAGCGGACUGCCAGGCUAGGCUGAGCGGUUUCUGCGGCCGCUCCAGACGCCGCCCGAGCCGGAGCACGGACAUUCUGGGUCCCGGCUGAGUGCACCCCGGACGCCUUAGCAGUGCCAGCUCGGGAAGGGCAGAGCAAGGCAGAGGCCGGACAGACCCCGGAGGGGCUCAGACCUGCCGAUCUAGAAUGGACAGAGAGAAUCUCGAACCCCGUGGAGCCUGGGGAAUGCCGGGCGUGGGCUGAGGGGAUCCCGGCGCCCUCCCCAGCCCUCCGACUUUAGCUCAGUCGCCUGAACCAGACCGGUGUCACCUCGGCUCGGGUCACCUGUGGCCUCGGGGCCCCCGAGCUCGCCGGAUACCCGAGACCCAGAGCCUGGCAAGCGUGGUUGGGAGAUUUUUUUUUUUUUUUUGCCCCCUUCCUCGGGAGCGCGGAGGCCCCGCCCCCUCCCACCGCCCAGAUGUCUCCGGUCACCGCUCGGAGGACCUUCCUGAGGCCAGGAGCCGAAGGGUCCAGAGAGAGAAGCCCGCCCUAGGGAGUCUUGGGGGCCACCCAACCUCGUCUUAGGGCACGGCCCCCGAUACUGCUUAGAGGAAAGGCCACUGCCCCCACCUUGGGGGCUGCCCUCCUCCAAUCCAGUUCCCUCUCCAGUGCUGUUCACAUCUGGAGCCCCCUCCACAUCUGGAAGGCCCUGACCACCGUCCCUCCGCUGGUUCCGCUGCAUCUAGAGACCUCUCUGCCUUUGUAACUGCCUAGGAGUUGCGAGGGGAUUGCUGCCUUUCCCCAUCCCAAGGGCAUCUCUUACCCUUAGUCCUUGCAGAAUCAUCCCCCUGCCUCCGCAUCCAGAUUCAGGCAAAGAUCAGCUCUGUACACCAUAGGCACUUCAAGUCCUGGAAGCUGUUCUUGGGCCCUAAGGCCCCUCCCCUUGCCCUCCUGUGUCCUCACCUUGACCCCCACCCCCUGUCAGACUCUGUCUCCCUCUGGGUGCUCCAUCCCCCACCCAGAGGCGAGUAGGUGGAGUGGCAGGCUGCAGGGGCUGGGUGAGGGCCGCCCAAGGCCAGGGUAGGCUGGGGGGCCGUUAAGAUGUGGAGCUCUGCCCGGCCGAGGGGGGCUCCGUGGAGGCAGACGAAGCGUGUGCCCCGCUGGGGCGAGUAUGGGCAGGCUUGCGGCCACGUGGUGAAGGAUGAACAUUCGGGGUGCCCCGGACCUCGGGCAGCCCAGUGACGACCCCAACAGUGGUGGAGAGAGAGAGCGGAUUCGACAGCGCAUGAAGAUGGUCAUCGGGCAACUUGAAGGCAUCCUGAGGGAACUCAAAGAAGUGGCUAAGGAGCUGAGGGAGGUGGUGAGUCAGAUCGACAAGCUAACCUCUGACUUUGACUUUGAACUGGAGCCAGAUGACUGGACCACGGCCACUGUGAGCAGCACCUCCAGCAGUGACAAGGCAGGUGUGGGCGGCCCCUUUGACCUGGGCCACCUGGACUUCAUGACGGCUGAUAUCCUCUCAGACAGCUGGGAGUUCUGUUCCUUCCUGGACGUCUCUACCCCAUCAGACUCAGUGGAUGGUCCUGAGGCGCCACGGCCAGGCACAGGCCCUGACUACCAGCUCAUGAAUGGUGGUCUGCCCAUCCCCAAUGGGCCACGAGUGGAGACACCAGACUCCUCCAGUGAAGAGGCCUUCAGUGCUGGCCCUGCAAAGGGCCAGGUGCCCCAGCGGACUCCAGGGACGAGGGAGAGGGUACGGUUCAGUGACAAAGUGCUCUACCAUGCUCUGUGCUGUGACGAUGAAGAGGGGGAUGGUGAGGAGGGAGAGGAGGAGGAGGCUGGCCUGGCCCCAGAGCUGCCCCGUGUGGAGCCACACACAGGCCCUCUCAAACCCUCCCCAGCCCCCUACAAGACCAAGCGCUCUCCGUUGACCACCCGACGCUUGGGCCCCACGUUGGCCCCAGAACAGACCCGGAGGGUCACAAGGAACAGCAGCACUCAGACAGUAUCAGACAAGAGCACGCAGACAGUCCUGCCCUAUACGGCCACCAAACAGAAAGCUAAGGGCAAGAACUAGGGGCUUGGGGGAGGGCGGGGGAUGCAUAGAGCUAUAAAUAUAUAUAUAUAUUUAAACAAACACAGUCAUAAUAAAAUUCAUAAACACUUAAGGAUCCAGGGCCCACAGGCCCUAAAGCCUUCAGAAAGCUCAUCCUAAAACAAUCAGAUGCCCAGAGUUUACCCUCCUCUCUGUAUGGCAGGGUUCCCUGAAGGGAGCUGAUCCCUACCAUGCCCACUACAACUCCCCAAUACCAUGGAAGUCUGUGAUUAUUAACCUGGGCCAUUUCCUCCAGGGAACUCAGCAACUGGAGGCAAGCUAAGGGAACAGUAUGCCAGGGCAGGGCUCACCAGAGAAACUAAGAACUUAGAACCCAGGGUUGGCAUCGCUCCAGCUAGACCCAGAAGCACUUCUGUCCUCCUGGGCAGGCCUGUACCUUGUCUCCCUUGAGACAGAGUUACAUGAAGAGACAACCCCCGCCUUCACCCCCUGCAUCCUAGAAUUGCACCAAACCCUGAGAAGGAUGUCCUGCUGUGGGGCAGGCUACCCCGCCCAGAGGCUGGCAGCUGUAGACCUGCAGGACCAGGCUGGUCCAAUCUGAGAACCCAAUCCACUCCAGUCUUUUAGUUCCCAUUCUUAGCUCUGGAGUUCAGAAUUCUCCAAGAUCUGUGGACAGUGGCAGCAGCUGUCAUAGUGCUGGGAACCAGGUCACAGAUGCACUAGGCAGGCAGCAGGAGUUAGGGUACCCAGUGUUUCCACCUGACUCCUACUUCCUCACACCCAGCCCCUUAGCUCACCUUACCAAGUCCCGAGUAGAGAUGCAGGCAGAGUAUAGCAACAACAGAGCUUCACUGGCAUUUGAUCUUCCCAGCAACAUCCUUGAAAUGUCCUGAGGGUGAUACCAGCAGUCACCAUUCACAUUUACUGAGCAGGUCACUUUGCUCAACACACCAUAUAACAUUACCUCAUUGCCCCAUUUUUCAAAUGAGAAAACUGAGGUUCAGAGAGGUGAAGUAACUGACCCAAGGUCAUAGAGCCUCUGCUUUCCUGUCCCCAAGAACUAGUAGUUUACAGGCUAUGCCUGGCCCUGAUUUAUAGCAACCGUGUCACCUUGGGCCAAUCCAUUUGCCUCUUGACCUUUUCUACUGUAAAAUGGGUCUGAUAGUCUCCAACACCUCAGUAGCAGUCACAGGAAUCCAGCAGGGUGGUGAUGAGUGUAUGCACUCUAGCUAAAUUGAAGUCACUAUAUGGUUACUGUGGCCAGUGUGGGCCAGCCCACAUACCCAGUGUCUUCAGGGUAGAGCGGCUGAAUGGAAGCCAUUUCCACGGGGUCAUAAGCCAUCCUGAGUCAGAAGGAUCACAUGGCUUUGCCCCUACAAACAGCUUGAGGCUAGAAGAUGGCCACAGUGUGACUCAUUACCCUCACCUGGAGCAGAGGCACAGUCAGUGAACUGGUGAGAGCAUCAGCCCUGGGCAUUUCUAUUACUACAGAACCACAGCCUACCAGGAGGGCCUUGUGCUCUGCCAGCACCCACGGCCCAGGCCUGGGGAGGUGCUGUGUAAUCCAGGAGUGGAAACUAGCAGGCUGGUCUAGAUACAAGGACAAUAACUGGGAAAUCUGGCUGGCCUAGGGUAUCACAGGAUGAGAUCUGUCCCCACUUUGGUGAGGUCAGUGCCCUACAAAGCCAGUGUGGUGCAGCCACCAGAGCGGGAGUCCAUUGAUAGCUAGCUGGGGCCAGCUGGGGCUAGCUCAUACCAGUGGGCCAGCAAGGUCUUGCCCUCUCUGAGCUGAACAAUUCCCACUCAUCCCUUCUCUCUGAUACUGUUUUCCUCCCUCAUGAGUGAUGAGCUAGUUAUUCUCAUCUUUUCAACCAUUAUGGAGAUGAAACCUUCAGAAGAGUUCCCAUUUCACAGGGGAUAAAACUGAAGCCCAGGGCCGGGGUCUCUGAGAACCCUGAGUGAGGGGGUUUUCCUUUCUCAGAUGCCUCUCUGACUCAGGCUCAUAUGACUGUGGUUGGUCACAGACAACCUCAACCACCCAUGCUCAGUUGGAGGCAUAGGGUGAGUGUGUCCUGGUUUUGAAGUACUAUGGGUCCACCAUGGUGAAGGCCCAGAAAGCUCUUGGUGUACCUGUCAAAUCCAGAUAGACUUCUUAAGACUUGAAACACAGACCACGUCCACCCAGGGAGGAAAGACAUUCUGACCAUCAGAGCAGGUGCUCCCAUCCUCAGAGCACACAAAGCAAUCCUCAGACUCCUCCUCCUCCAGGUCGGCUCUGCCUCCUGCUCCUCCCUGCCUCCAGGCCUCUGCUGGUGUCUGGCUAUGCUCCUGAGGAGCUUACCUGCUUCUACGAAGUAGGAUUUCACCUGCCACCUGCUAUGUGCAUUUCCUUGUGCCAUAGGUGCUCUAGAGGAGGUAGGAAGGAGCUAAGCAGGCGGAGGUAGGAAGGAGCUAAGCAGGCCCUCGUAGCAGAGAGGGGGCUAAGCAUAAUCAGUAGCUCCACCAAUGAGCACAUACUAUGCACUGGAAUUGUGUAAGCAUGUGCCUUAUCUCAUUCAUUCCUCACAGAAAUUACAAGGUAGGUUGUUUUACUUGUGCCUAUUUUCCAGAUGGGAACACUGAGGUCUGAGAGAAGUCAAGUCCUUUACUAUAAAGGAUACACAAUAUGAGUUAGGAUUCAAACCCAAACUCAGUUUCUUAGCACUCAUAUGUGUCCUGGCAUAAGGGUAGACAUUAGGUGGCCCAAGAACCACACAAGCCUUGGAGAGUAAGAAAUGUGUUGGAAGGAGGAAGCUGGUAAACCUUCUGUUUGGAGAGAACUUGGUUACUGUCAACCUGUGUGUCAUAGUCCCUGUCUCGGCCCCAAACUGAAUGGAUCAUAGAAUUGAUAAAUGCUUGUCAAAUGUAUUAAUGAGCCCCCAAAUGCAUUAAUGGUCCCCCA